CGGAAAAAACGACAAGCAAUUUCAGUAUGAGUUAUGAGGAAGUGCGCUGAUGCUCUCCAAGUCAAAAAGCAAAAGUUGAAAGAACUUGAAAGUUCCUCAUCAGGACGUUUAAAGACAUCCUCAUCUUCUGCAGCCGCUCAAUCGAUCCUCCAGUCAGCCCGGACAGAGGGCUCGCCAGUGGCCGGGAGCAGAGAUGAAGACUCCGCAGAUGUUCCGAGAUUGCCCCGUGCCUCUGCUGGUGCUUGGGCUGCUCCUGACAGGAGUCUGCAUUAACGGGUACAAGCCUGUCAUCAUUGUGCAUGGCCUUUUCGAUGGGCCGAAAGAGUUCAAAACGUUGUCUCGUUACAUAAAUAAGGUGCAUCCAGGCACUGAGGUGGACGUGAUUGACUUGUAUGACAACAUGUGCAGUCUGAAGCCCAUGUGGACGCAGGUGCAAGGUUUCAGGAAAGCCUUCAACGACAUCGUGCAAAAGGCUCCUGAUGGCGUCCAUCUUCUGUGCUUCUCACAAGGUGGUUUAAUUUGUCGAGCACUACUCUCCAUGGUUCCAGAUCACAAAGUGCACACCUUCAUUUCGCUGUCAUCCCCACUGGCCGGGCAGUAUGGAGAGACAGAAUACCUGAAGCGGGUAUUUCCUGACUGCAUGAAGAAGACUGUGUUUCGUAUUUGCUACAACAGAGUGGGACAGAAAGUGUCUAUCUGUGACUACUGGAGGGACCCUCACCAUCGAUCGCGCUACCUGCAGAGAAACAGCUUUCUGGCUAUCCUCAAUGGGGACAGACCUCACAACAAAAUGAAAGCAUGGAGGGAAAACUUCCUUAGGAUCAAGAAGCUUGUGCUGAUUGGAGGACCAGACGAUGGCGUCAUCACACCGUGGCAGUCAAGUCACUUUGGAUUCUAUGACAGCAAUGAAACCAUUGUAGAAAUGGGGAACCAGGAGUUUUACAGAAACGAUACGUUUGGGCUGAAGACCCUAAACGCUCGUGGCGACGUGUCGGUGUGCCUUCACUCUGGAGUGAAGCACGUUCAGUGGCACUCAAACUACACAGUGUUCAGGAGCUGCAUAGAGAAGUGGCUCACAUGAAAACAGACUGAGAGAUGUUAAUGCAACGUCAUUAUUUAACUAAAAAAGUGUAUAUCAUCUAAACUGUAUUUCAUUCAUAUGAUUUUCAUUCAAGACAGCAAACAUAUAAACCAAAAUGGUAUGACAGUGGGGACAAACAAUGUUUCUAUAUGUUAUUGUCGUAGGUUUCCAUAAUGUAUUUUUUCCUUAUGAAGCAUUAAAUUGAGGUCAAUUAAUCGGUGUGUAAAUAUUGUGAGUGCAGUAAUAGUUCACUUCAUUACCAUGUACAUGUUUCCAAUAAAUAUAUAUAACCAAAUUCUGAAGAUUUUUACGCCUAGGAAUAGUCUAGGUCUAAGAUAAUGAAUAGUCCAGGGUAGUGAACAUGUUUCUUAUGUUUUCAAUUAAAACUAAAACACAAAAGAUAAAUGUUCACAUUUUCUAAAUAACUGCUCGUUUUUGCAUGAGACUUAAACAAUUGUGAACAAAAAUGGCUUUCAUACACAACUAACACUCUGUGGUGUUGGAUUUCCAGUGCUUUGAAUUAAAUGUUAUAGAAACAAGCUCAAAGUGUCUUUCAUAUUGCAAGUAAAAGUCAGUCUGAAGCAAGCCAUGCAUCGUGGCAUUUCAGGAGCCAUGAGUAAUCAAUCUCUGACCUCUAGUGGAAGUUAAUGGUACUCUGGAGUUAAAGAUGACUUCACACAGUGGUGAGUGAACACUAACUUGACCUCAACUAUUUGGGGUUACACUUUGAGGAAUAAGAUUGAGUCUCAACCCACAGAGUGCAGCUUAGUGAUACAUUUCUGUCUUAUGUGACAACUGAUGCUUUAAUAAAAUCUGAAAUGUUGUACCUGUAUUAAAUACAGUAUAUUGUUGGAACAGUAUGUUUAUUUUUUCAGACUUCUACCCAAACUGUUAAGUGAGGUUGUUCCCAAAAGCAUUUUGUGGUGUUAACAUCAGAGAUAUGAUGAAGUAUGAAAAUGUGAAAUGUGUUGCUGGGAUGUAACAAUAACGCUUGACCGAAACAAAUUCACACUGCAUGUUAACCCUAAUAAAAAACCCACUGCGCACAAGAAAAUAAACUCCUUUGCAUUC